UUUUGAUAGUGGUUUUGUGUCCAAAGUUAGUGGCAAGUUCGCACACAUACACGAUGUUUACUCUCCAUACGACGAUUUUUUCGGCAACAUAGCCACAUGAAACAUACUGUACUAAGCUUAUGGUCGCUUCUUUGUAAAAUUGAUAAAUUCGCGUAAAUAAGUUCAAUACGCAAAAGAUGGAGCAAUCUUACGAAGAAGACAAAUUUAUUGAUACUAAUGCUAAUGGUGCAACAACAUCAUCAUGGACGCCGCUUUUGAGACAGAUAUUUGUAUGCAGCGGGAUAACAUCAUACUUCUUCAUUUACGGACUAUUUUUUGGUGCUCCGACAGUUUUCAUUCCUCAAAUACGAAAAGAAGCAAAUUCGACUGAAGCUCUUAGCAUGCAAACAGUAUCUUGGUUGUUUUCAAUCUCCAGUUACGGAUCUCUGCCAUGGACGAUAAUUUUCCCAAUAAUAGCAAAAAGAUAUGGAAGAAAAGUACCAUACAUUAUUUUAUGGAUAAAUACAUUGAUAUGCGUUUCAUUGUUUUAUUUUAGUACAAGUGUUACUGAACUUUUAAUAAGUGGAUUUUUACAAGGAAUGUGCCCUGCAGUACAGAUAGCGGUAUCUACCAUGGUGCUCACUGAAUACACGUCACCUAAGUACAGAGGUAUGUUUAUAUCUUUUCAAGGUGCAACAGUAUUUUGGGGUAUUUGGAUUUCUAACGCUAUUGGAACCUUUUACCAUUGGAAAAACAUCGGUAUAUUGAUCUUUAUAUGCUGUCUCUACUCGAUAAGUAUAUUAUUUUGGCCUGAGUCACCAGUUUGGUUGGCCGCGAAGGGACGUUUUGCAGAAUGUGCUAAAUCUCAUCGCUGGUUGAAAGGAGAAGGCAAAGAUUCCGAAGAAGAACUUAAACAACUUAUAAUUGACCAAAAAAAGAAUGCAAGACAAGAACGUCAAUUAGACAAAGAAAAGAACUACACACUCAAAUUAUUUAUUUCAAUAAAAGGCAAAAGAUUUUACAAACCGCUAACAUUGUCGGUACUUGCAUUGUGUCUUUACCACUUUUCAGGAAAGCUGGCUUGUACUGGAUAUGUGAUUGAUAUAAUUAAAUCGAUUUCUGUAAAUGAAUCAACAGCGUAUGUAGGAAUGCUUGUGUUAGAUGGCGUUACAGUGCUAGGAAUGUAUAUUGGCGUUUUUCUUACUAAGUUAUUUAAACGGCGUACAUUACUAUUAAGUUCAGCGACUAUAGGAGUGAUGUUUCUCUUUAUUUUAUCGACAUACCUGUAUUUAGUACAUUUGAAUAUCGUUUCAGAAAACAAAUAUUUAACUUUAUUCCUUUUGGCUGGGUUUUCAGUGACAAUAAGUUGCGGGCCUAUGAUAAUGAGUAUGUGUUUAGCUAGUGAAAUGACACCAUUAAAAUCUAGAAGUUUAUAUUUAUGUAUUUUCGCAUUGUUAAGUAGCGCUUUAAUGGGUACCGUUUUAAAAUUAUUUCCUUACCUCUAUAAAUAUUUAAACUCACAUGGAACAUUUUUAUUCUUCGCCAUAGUAUCGUCAAUAUUUAUUUAUAUUCUUUACAAAUUAUUGCCUGAAACAAAAGAUAAAACAAUGUUAGAGAUAGAAAAAUAUUUUUUAGGUGACGAUAAUAUUUUGACAACAAAGGUCGAAUUAAUGAAUCUGAAAGAAACAUGUACCAAGGAUAAUAAAGUAUAAUAUUAUUAUAUGAAAGUAAUAAUGGGUUAUAAUGAUUGGUACAUAAUGUAAAAUUAAACUUGCCUUUUGCCACUCAUGAAAUUCAAAUUAUACGAAUUAAAAGAUUGUCUUUCCUUGGUCAUAUAAUAUUAUGAUGUAUUACGUUUUAUUAAUACAUUGAUAGUUUUGUAUUUGCCAACCAAACAUAAUUUU